GGUUCCGCUCCUUAACCGAGAUAAGGGCUUACUAUUUUUAGCUUAAAAAUACUCUAAAAUCAGUACAAACCCCCGUAUCCGACCCAGCUCUGCCAGGUAAACAAGUCCCAGCAACAGUCGCAGCUACAGUUCGUUCAGCGAAGCGAAAAUACUGAAUAUUAUUGUGGAAGCGCAAAGCGGAAGUGGUGUUUGCAGCGCUGGAGCUCGAGUCUGGACGUGGCGAUGAAACGUCUCCCCUGCUGACGGGGAGCAAAGAUGGAAGCGCCUGGAAACCUGGCCGGUGCCGCGGUGGAGGGGGAGCAGGGGGAGCCGGGGGAGCUGGACGCCGCCGUGCUGCUGCUGGCAGCUGGGGCGGCCGCUGCCGCGCACCCGCUGCUCUACGUGAAGCUGCUCAUCCAGGUGGGACAUGAACCUCUUCCCCCCACCGUGGGCUCAACCAUGUUUGGAAGAAGAGUCUUAUACCUGCCUGGCUUCUUCUCCUAUGCGCAGCAUAUCGUGAAAGUGGACGGAAAGAGGGGACUCUUUCGAGGCCUCCCACCUCGCAUCGUAUCCAGCGCCAUCUCCACCGUGGUGAGGGGCAAAGUUAAGCAGCAGGUUCGAUCCAGGAAAGAUGGACAGCAGAGUUCACUCAGCAAAGUGAUGGCAGAGACCUCUCAUGAGAUGAUCAUCCAGUGCCUGUCCAGAGUAGCCACACAUCCUUUUCACGUGAUGUCUGUGCGAUGUAUGGCCCAGUUUGUUGGCAGAGAAUCCAAAUAUGGAGGGAUGUUCAGCUGUAUCGUGAAGAUUUUUAAGGAGGAAGGAGUGGCCGGAUUUUACGUGGGUCUGGUACCACAUGUCCUGGGAGAGGUCUUAUUCCUCUGGUGCUGCAACCUCCUGGCUCACUUCAUCAACACCUACGCCGUCGACGAGAGCUUCAGCCAGGGCUCGGCCGUCAGGAGCUACACUAAGUUUGUGAUGGGAAUUGCAGUGAGUGUCCUCACUUAUCCGUUCAUGCUGGUCGCGGACGUGAUGGCAGUCAACAACUGUGGGCUGGCUGCAGGUCUUCCUCCUCACUCUCCCGUCUUUAAAUCCUGGUUGUGCUGUUGGGAUCAUCUAAGCCGCAAGGGUCUCCUCUUCAGAGGAUCCAGCUUCUUUUUCCGCCGGAUGCCCACGACCUCGCUGCCCACAACCCCGCCGCCCUCCAUUGAGGACUGACGUCGUCAUCGCCUGCUGGGAUAUUCUUCCUCCUCCUGCUCAGGAACAUUCACCAGAACACCAUCUCCUCCCUCUGCCUCAGACCGCCGCUGCCAUCCAGACAUCCAGACAUCCAGACAUCCAGACAUCCAGACAUCCAGACAUCCAGACGCAGUGGCGGCCAUCAUGGCGUGCCAAAGGAGCUCCUGUCCAGCUCAGAUGGUUCCGAUUUUUUCCAGAAAUCAGGGAUCAGUUCAGCUGCAUCGGCUCAGAGGCCAAACCUGCGACUCUGCUGAGUCCAGCAGAUUCAUGUCGACGUCAUGUGGUGCACACGUGUUCUUCUUGAUCCAUUUCCUGUUUCUUUGAUUGUUGUUGCCAAUAUUCUCGGCCCAGUCUGAUCAGCCCUCCACAUGUGUGCGUGCAUGUGUGUGAAAACACACAUUUUAAUGUUACCAUGUGAUAAUUUACACUGAUCCAACUCGACGAAAAGCUGGAACCUGUCUGGUACAGUCGGGGCAUGCGUUGCCAUGGAUACGAGUGCCUCCAUGUUUGCAGCAAUUGGUACGUUUACAUGCAGUCAAUAACCCUUUUCUAACCGGAAUAUUAGCAAUAACCCGGUUUUGCACGGCCAUGUAAACACCAAUAACCCCUUUGCUUAUAUUCUGGUUUUUAAAAACCCGAAAAUGACCCCUGGGUUACUCCUUUUCUAACCCGAAUAUUUGGUCAUGUAAACGCCUAACGGAAUAUCCCCAUCAAACGGAACAUGAAUUUGUUUUCUGCACAUGUUCUUUUUGCAAGGAAUCUUGUUCUUUUGAGUCCAGGAAGUUCUUAUAAACAUGGAGAAACACAAGACCAGGAGGAGACUAAUCACUUCAUAAAUGUAAUGAUAGAUAUGAACAUUUUGGCAUUUGUAGACGGUAGAAAGUACCGGGAUAGCCAGAUUUACAAAAAGGUGAGAUAAAAGUUGCGCGAAGCAGGAUUUUUACGAACGCUAGACCAGAUCAAGCUCCGCUGGAAGAUGCUGAAAAAGGCGAACUACAGGGUCGAGAAACAAAACGACUUCUACUAGGCUGUUCAUUAUCCGCCGUGCUGCUGUUAUUGUUGUUGUUUUGAAUUUGGAUACAGGAAGAAGAAGCGGAAAUGACGGGAAUUGCGUCAUGACGUUCUCCGUGCGUCGCUGGUUUGAUCCAGAUAUCCCAAAUGAUUAAUUACCAUGUAUACAGGGAUAACCCUGUUUGCUCACGCAUGGAAACAGAUUAUUCCGUAUGUUUCAGUAACCGGAAUACCGACCUUAACCCGAAUAUUGACUGCAUGUAAACGUAGUCACAGUCAAGUAAUAUCCAUAUAAAUGCAGAUUUUCUCUUAAACUGUUGGCACUUUUUAACCCUUCCAUGCACGGUGAUUACGUGCUUACGGGUGCUCAGACGUUGUUUCAGAGGACCUGCAUGAGUUUGGAUGCUUGAACUGAAUUGAAAUGAAUAGUAUUAUAUUAAUUCCUGAAGGGAAAUCAUAUUGUCAUGUAAAAACUUGAUUGCUUUUGAUGAAUUGAUGAAAAAGUUAAAUAAAAACAAAUUGUUGGGUGAUAAAUGUGGUAGAAAUCUCCAGAGAUCCUCACGACUGAGUGGAGUGUUGGGUUCGUUGCCUGGUAACGUGUAAGGAUGGCGUCACAUGCAGCACGGGCAGGUAACUCAGGUGCACUAUGGAGCAUAGGGGCGCUUUCAGUCACAUGACCAGGUCGUUAAGGAGCACUGCGGCUCUCCUGUCCCACGUCUGUCUGAAGUAUUUAGUCCAUCUGCAUCCUCUGAAGAGGUGCUGGAGCCCAGAACCUGCUGCUGCCCCACGUCUGGAGGAACACAACACUCCUGUUUCCUUUCAGAGCUACAGGCCCAUUCAUCCACCUCCCGGGAUCUCAGGCUCCUCAUCAUGAUGAGGCAGAACAUUUUUUCUCUUUUUCUGGUCAUUGGCUGGUAUUUGAAAAGCGAAUCUGCUGCUUCCACACACAAACAGCUCUGAGUUGUCAUGACUACUCAUCAUAACAAAUAUUAAGUGUUAAAAUUACCAUGUUUCAAAAUGUUUCAAAAGUCUAUAUGGAGAAAAGCUUUACUGUAGUGCAGUGUUUCUCAAUCCUGGUCCUCGAGUACCACUGUCCUGCAUGUUUUAGAUGCUACCCUGCUUCAGCACACCGUGAUACAAGUACCUGUGUCAUCAACAGAACUGUGCAGACCUUGGUGACAAGCUAAUGAGGACCUUUAAUUAGAAUCAGGUGUGUUGGUGCAGGGAAACAUCUAAAACAUGCAGGACAGUGGUACUCGAGGACCAGGAUUGAGAAGCACUGCUGUAGUGCAUCAGAAAACUCCAGACAUCUAUGACAUCUACACAAGGGGAGUAUAAAAGUGAGCAUGAUUUAAACCAGAUCAGCGUACUGUCUGUUCCUGGAAGAGAACAGAGGGAGCCCGGCCCUGCCCUGGGCAGCCCGUCACCCACCGGUCCAACUCCGUCCACCAGGGCGGUUCCCCCGUCUCCUCCCAUAACCAUCCACUGAGUGAAUGUAAUAUGUAAGUCUGUAUGUGUGUGUCUGGAAA